AUGAAUUUCCCGUGCAGUAAGAAGGCCGGGGCGCCUGCCGACCCCCUCGUGACUGUUCUGGAGAACAAGCCAUCCAGGAACCUGGGCGCCACCGACACCGCGGCGGUGCCGGCCAAGAAACACGGUGUGGCCAGCAACGUCACCCAGCUCAUCGGCAACACCCCCCUGGUGCGCCUGAACCGCAUCGCGGAGGCGGAGGGCGCCAAGGCCACCAUCCUGCUCAAGCUGGAGUCAAUGGAGCCCAACUCCUCGGUCAAGGACCGCAUCGGCCUGGCCAUGGUGGAGGACGCGGAGCGCGCGGGGCGCAUCGCCCCCGGCAAGACCACGCUGGUGGAGCCGACGUCGGGGAACACGGGCAUUGCGUUGGCCUUCGUGGCCGCUGCCCGCGGGUACAAGCUCAUCCUGACCAUGCCCGCCACCAUGUCGCUGGAGCGGCGCAUCGUGCUGCGCGCCUUUGGCGCGCACCUGGUGCUCACCGACCCGGCCAAGGGCAUGAAGGGCGCGCUGCUGAAGGCAGAGGAGAUCGCGGCGGCCACGCCCGACUCCUACAUCCUGCAACAGUUCGAGAACCCCGCCAACCCGAAGGUCCACUAUGAGACCACGGGGCCCGAGAUCUGGCGGGACGCUGGCGGCGACGUCGACGUCUUCGUCGCGGGGGUGGGCACCGGCGGCACUGUGUCGGGGGCGGGGCGCUUCCUGAAGGAGAAGAACCCGGGGCUGAAGGUAUUCGCCGUGGAGCCCACCGAGUCCCCCGUCAUCUCGGGUGGCUCCCCAGGCCCGCACAAGAUCCAGGGCAUCGGCGCCGGGUUCAUCCCGAAGAACCUGGACGUCCCCAUCCUGGACGGCGUGGAGAAGGUGAGCAGCGAGGACUCCAUCGCCAUCUCCCGCCGCCUGGCCACCGAGGAGGGCAUCUUCGUGGGCAUCUCCUCCGGCGCUGCAGUCCAGGCUGCCCUCACGCUUGCCAAGCGCCCCGAGUUCGAGGGCAAGACCAUCGUGGUCAUCGUCCCCUCCUAUGGCGAGCGCUACCUCUCCACCCCUCUCUUUGCCGCGCUGCGCGAGGAGGCGGAGAAGCUCACCUUUGAGUGA